GAAGCAGGAAAGAAGAGAGAGAGAGAGAGAGAGAGAGAGAGGGGUUCAAAAGUUUCAACACAAAUCAAAUGGGUCAUCAAAAUCAUGAAGACAAAGUGCUCCUCUUCUCUUCUUUGCCGAGAUUUCCGCUUCCUCUCUUUCUUUAAUCCUACUUCUUCAUUUCUUAUCCUACGCUACUGUCUCUCUCUCUCGUUCUCUUUGUAAUUACACAAGGUCCUUUUGUUUCCAUCUACUCACUUCUUUCUUACUUUUAUUUUGCUUUUUUUUUUUUCUUGUUAAGGAAGUUAAUCUUGUGGUUUGAGUUUGAGGGUUUCAAUUUCUGUAUGCUUAGUAAGAAAAUGUAGGAAACGCCAGUGCUUUUCGUCUUAGAUUUUGGAUGUCAUUGCUUUAUUGAUUUUUAUUAACUUUUAGAUUUGUCUGGUUUCGACAUUUUGAGUUCUGAAUUCCUGCUUGUAUACCAAAAAAAUAUGAAUGAGGAAAUGCUUGAAUUCCUUGGUAAUGAGUCGUGCAUAAGAGUCUGCUUCAUCUGUCAAACGAGUGCCUGAGCUAAAGGGUUCAUCUUCAGUAACUUGAGAAAUCGAAUGCAUAUAUUUAAGAGUGAGGGGUUGUGACAAGAGGGCUCUAACUCCCACAAAAGCUGAAAUAAUUGUUAAGUAAACACAUGGAGUCAACAGGGUGUUGGUUCAACAGGUUAAAGUCGAAGGAUAAGCUGAAGUCUGCCAAACAGAAAGAUACCACAUGCAAUGGGAAGGAGGGAACUAAAGCACCUAACAGUGAAGAAGCACCAUCCAAUGUAACCAAGCAGAAGGUUGCAGCUGCAAAACAGUUUAUUGAGAACCAUUAUAAGAAGCAAAUGAAGGACCUGCAAGAGAGGCAGGAGCGACGUAAUGUACUGGAGAAGAAGUUAGCUGAUGCUGAGGUCUCUGAGGAAGAACAUAAUAACUUACUAAAGUUUUUAGAGAAGAAGGAAACUGAAUACAUGCGUCUUCAAAGGCAUAAAAUGGGCGCUGAUGAUUUUGAGCCAUUGACCAUGAUAGGCAAGGGUGCAUUUGGGGAGGUUAGAGUCUGUAGAGAAAAAUCAACAGGUCAUGUAUAUGCCAUGAAGAAGCUUAAGAAAUCAGAGAUGCUACGCAGAGGCCAGGUCGAACAUGUGAAAGCAGAAAGGAAUCUACUUGCUGAGGUUGAUAGCAAUUGCAUUGUCAAACUAUAUUGUUCUUUCCAAGAUGAAGAGUAUCUGUAUCUCAUCAUGGAAUAUCUACCUGGUGGAGAUAUGAUGACUUUACUGAUGCGCAAAGACACACUAACCGAAGAUGAGGCCAGGUUUUACGUUGGGGAAACUGUCCUGGCUAUUGAGUCUAUCCAUAAACAUAAUUAUAUUCAUAGAGAUAUCAAACCUGACAACUUGCUACUUGAUAGAAAUGGUCACAUGAAAUUAUCAGACUUUGGAUUAUGUAAACCAUUAGAUUGCAGUACUCUCCAAGAGAAGGAUUUUUCUGCGGCAAACAAGCUUAGUGGAGCUCUUCAAAGUGAUGGACGCCCUGCAGUGCCAAAACGUACACAACAGGAGCAAUUACAACAUUGGCAAAGGAACAGGAGGAUGCUCGCUUAUUCUACUGUUGGAACUCCUGACUAUAUUGCCCCAGAGGUCUUGUUGAAGAAAGGAUAUGGAAUGGAAUGUGAUUGGUGGUCCCUUGGUGCUAUUAUGUAUGAAAUGCUUGUGGGGUUCCCACCGUUUUACUCAGACGAGCCCAUGUCAACUUGUAGGAAGAUAGUUAAUUGGAGAGAUCAUUUAAAAUUUCCAGAAGAAGCAAAGUUAUCUUCCGAAGCAAAAGACCUUAUUAGCAAACUUCUAUGUAAUGUUGACCAGAGGCUUGGAACAAAAGGGGCAGAUGAAAUCAAGGCUCACCCAUGGUUUAAAGGUAUUGAGUGGGACAAAUUAUAUCAAAUAAAAGCUGCAUUUAUUCCUGAGGUCAAUGAUGAGUUGGAUACCCAAAAUUUUGAGAAGUUUGAAGAGGCUGAUGACCAAAUUCAGACUUCAGCAAAAUCUGGUCCGUGGAGAAAGAUGCUUUCAUCUAAAGAUAUCAACUUUGUUGGUUAUACAUACAAGAACUUUGAAAUCAUAAAUGAUCAUCAGUUGCCUGGAAUUGCUGAAUUAAAGAAGAAGAGCACAAAAUCUAAGAGGCCUUCGAUCAAGUCACUUUUUGAAGAUGAGUCAGCCGAGCCUCCUAAUGAACCUGUUAAGGGGAGCUUCCUAAGCCUCCUGCCUCCUAAACUAGAUUCUUCGGAGCAAUCGGGAAAUCCAAAUAAGCUGUUCUAAUCUCAUCAUCCCUUCAGAUGGUCACAUAACAUUCAAUUAGAGAUAAAAUGAUGGAUCAUUUUCUUGAUGGAUAGCUCCUCAUUUUAUGUUGCCGAAAUCAAAGCUUCAAGGGCGAAGGGCCCAAAACAUGAGUGGUUUGAGUUUACUAAUUGGCUCGUCUUAGUUAGGUUGUUAAUCCUUGUAAAAUCGUCCCAUAGUAAAUAUUCUUUUGAAAUCGUUGUGUAUUUAUUUUACCCCUUUUGUCAGAAAUCUGCUAUACCAGAUCACUAUUGUGGGUUUUUCUUGUUACUAAUCAUUGCUGAGUUGAUUAAGAUGUAUCAUUUAUUCCUGUGAAAAAUGCAGAAACAAGAGAUUUCCCCUCCC